CCCCUCGAGCUGCCGUGCGCCGAGCGCUCAACCACGGAGGACUUUGGCCCAGAGUAACCCCGCUCGCUUGAGCUUUCCCCUCUAUUCCGCACCUACCCCCGACACGCCCUGAGAGCCCGCGGCGGUUGGGCGCUCGCUGCCCGCCCCUCUUCCUCCCUGCCGAGCUUCGGCUCACCCCCUCCCGGCCCCUGCGCGCGGCACCUCGUCAUGGCGGCCCUCAGCAAGUCCAUCCCUCAUAACUGCUACGAGAUCGGCCACACUUGGCACCCUUCCUGCGGGGUCUCCUUCGUGCAGAUCACCAGGGGCGCCCUGGAGGAGUCCCUGAAGAUCUAUGCUCCCCUGUACUUGAUUGCAGCAAUUCUCCGGAAACGAAAAUUAGAUUAUUAUUUACACAAACUGCUCCCUGAGAUCCUACAAUCUGCUUCAUUUCUGACUGCUAAUGGGGCCUUGUUUAUGGCUUUCUUUUGCAUUUUAAGGAAAAUACUUGGAAAAUUCUACUCAUGGAGUCCUGGCUUUGGUGCCGCUUUGCCAGCUUCUUAUGUGGCCAUUCUAAUUGAGAGAAAAAGCAGGAGAGGGCUGCUCACAAUUUAUAUGGCCAACUUGGCCACAGAAACACUAUUUAGAAUGGGUGUAGCAAGAGGAACCAUCACAACGUUAAGAAAUGGAGAAGUCCUUUUAUUCUGCAUCACAGCUGCCAUGUACAUGUUCUUUUUCAGGUGCAAAGAUGGUUUGAAAGGAUUUACAUUCUCUGCACUUAGGUUCAUUGUUGGGAAGGAAGAAAUUCCCACACAUUCUUAUUCACCAGAGGCGGCAUAUGCAAAAGUAGAACAAAAGACUGAGAAACAUGAGGAAAAACCAAGAGGAACGAAUAUAAUUGCUCUAGUCAGGAAGCUUGUGGAUUCAGUAUGUAAGCAUGGACCAAGGCAUAGAUGUUGCAAACACUAUGAGGAUAAUUGCAUCUCUUAUUGCAUUAAAGGUUUUAUCAGAAUGUUCAGCGUGGGAUACUUGAUCCAGUGCUGCCUCCGGAUUCCCUCUGCAUUUAGGCAUCUGUUUACACAGCCAUCCCGGCUAUUUUCUCUCUUCUACAAUAAAGAAAACUUCCAGCUCGGAGCUUUUCUGGGCUCUUUUGUUAGCAUAUACAAGGGUACUAGUUGCUUCCUGCGCUGGGUCAGAAAUCUGGAUGAUGAACUGCAUGCCAUUAUAGCUGGAUUUUUGGCGGGAAUAUCAAUGAUGUUUUAUAAAAGCACAACAAUUUCCAUGUAUUUAGCUUCCAAAUUGGUAGAGACAAUGUAUUUCAAAGGUAUUGAAGCAGGAAAGGUUCCCUAUUUUCCCCAUGCAGACACUAUCAUCUAUUCCAUCUCUACAGCAAUUUGCUUCCAGGCAGCUGUCAUGGAAGUUCAGACCUUACGACCAUCUUACUGGAAGUUCCUUUUAAGGCUCACCAAGGGCAGAUUUGCCGUUAUGAACCGAAAAGUCCUUGAUGCUUUUGGUACUGGUGCAUCUAAACACUUUCAGGAUUUCAUCCCUAAGUUGGAUCCAAGAUACACAGUUGUAACACCAGAGUUGCCCAUCGAGUUUUCUUGAAGAUGACCGUAACUUAUUAAUGUGACUUAAUGUUUCAUGAUUUUGUCCUAGAGAGUUAAUUAUGUUGAACACAAAGAAGGGGGGGCCUGAGCUUGAACGUCAGUGUUAUUUCAAUGAGAGAUGCUCUUUUUUUUUGUUUUUCUUACCAAUCAGAAAUACAGAAGCUUUUCAGGAAAGUGUUGCUUAAUAAUUAAGCUCCCUCUAUAGCCAGAAUCUCAUUCUGGAUCACUGUAAUGGUUGACAUUAUGAUAUAUUAUUAUCGAUUAAAUUAUAUCCACAAGGAAUAUUAAAUAAUCUAUGUAGAAAUGUAGUAACAAAUAAGAGUAUACUUAAAAUUACUUUAAAAGAUGUUUUACUUCAUUCCAAUCUAAUUCUUGGUUAAAACUAAGAAUAUUUCUACAUUUUAGGAUACAAAGGAUCACGGGUACAUGGAUUUGGUCUGUAUUUUUUUUUUUUUUAAACUUCUGAAUUGGUAACUAUAGUAGUGAAAUGUUAUGGGUAUGGAGUAACUCUUCACAGACAGUGCUGCUUUAUUUAGUAUAGAGCAAAUUAAUCGGAGAAAGUGGCCAUUCUUAACUUCAGGGAUGCAAAGACGGGUAUCAUACUGUUGGGAUAAAUGCCGUGGUAUCCGUGCUCUUUUUCCACUGAUACCUUCAUCUCUCUCCAUGAUUAGUUGAGUUGGGUUCUUCGGCAGCCCAGUGAACCUAUGUAUUAGUGGCAGGUUAGGAGCAAAUGGAAAUUGACAUAUCUGAUAAAGUUGAAACGUACGUUUUAAUCUUUUACAGAAGCAUUACACUUGAAUAUUCAAAAACAAAUGAAGUUACUUUUAAACCUCCUGUAGGUUUAUUAUGUUUGUCUUCAUUUAUAAGGGCUGAAUUCUUCAUAGCUAAGUUUGUGUGCUGUUGUCGAUUUAGAAGGGAUCAAAUUCUAUGGAACAAAAGUAGUUUGGGCAAGUUUGGCAGUUUGUUCCCUCAGCUGUUUCACCUAUACGGAUGUUUGACAACUAAAAACAUUCUAAAAAUCCAGUGGAGGUUUAAAAGUCCACUUCAUAAUUGGAUGCAGGUUCUCUAGCCUCUUUCCAAAAAAUCAUGAUCGUCACUUUUACUCAUGUUAGAGCAAAGAAGUGACAAAAUGUAGUCACUGCUGAUUAUGAGUUAGUUCAGGACAGCUUUGAUUGAAAUAUGAUCACUCUUUAGAGUUUUUCAGGGACAAGUUAUUCUUUUCUAAGUUAAUGCAAGGCUUAAGUGGUUGUGAUAUGUUACAUUACAAUUAAUGUAACAUAUAGGGAUAAUGGUAUAUUUUUUUAAUAUAAUUUUGUUGCUGAAAAGUUUUAGGCUGCUGUAAAUUAAUUAUGCAGUAGAACUUGUGUAGCAAUAAGAAUUAUAACCCAGACUUUUUAAAUGCUUAAUCCUCCAUAUUCAAUUUCAUCAAGCCUUGUAUACUUCUGUUUACAUGGAAUUCUAACCUUGGUUGUUAUGGCAGAUUGAAACCAAACAAAAAAAGACAGAGUAUCAGCGAGAGCCAGUUUAAUUAGGCCAAAAUUUUGCAGUGUGAUUAGCUUUUUAGGGUCGACUUGUCUAUUUAUUAGGCAAUACUGUUAAAGGAUCCUUUUGGCUUCAGACUUCCAAAUUGAUUAAUUCAGUUUUAAGUUUUUAUUCACUGGAAUCAAAAUGAUGAUUAGUACUGUGUUUACUUUUAAAAAUGAAGUAUUAUAGCAGUGAAGAAAGCACUGCUACUUGCAUCUCAUUUUCUCUAUUCAGAAAUCAUGUUUAUAAUAUUUUUCCGUCAGUUAAACAGAAAACUUUUUAAUCCAUAAAUUAUUGUUUUCAUUCAGAUUAAAAGACUAUGAAAUUGAAAGACAAAUUCUACUGAGGUAUGAUGAGAUUGUUUAGUGAAAUUUUACUGGUCAAAAGGUGCAUUCCUAUGAUUUAUUUUUUUAACACAAGGUAUAGUCAUCUUUUAUUUUAUAGAAAGUAUGAAAUGAAAUAACCAUCAUGAAGCAGAGUCAUACAAUGAAUGUAUAGCUGGAAUGAACAGUUAACUAGUUUGCAGUGGUGAACAGAAAAGGACAAUUUGAUUUCAUUGGGACAGAUUGCAAAGUAUCGAGCAAACACAAAGAAACUGUGUUUGUAUUCCUGAAUUCAAUCAAAAUGAAUGUGUUUCUACCUCUAACUAACCAGGUAUGGAUUGGCAACUUGGCAUCAUAAAUAAAGUCAAAUAGAUGUGUCCAUUCCAAAACAUGUUUUUUAGUCCAUUUAUACUCCGAAAAAAUCCUGUCUAUGUUAAGCUUCCUUCCACUAGACCUGAUUAUAUUAAACACUUAUUAUGCCCUCUUAGUAUUUCCUACGUCUUUAUAUAGACUGAAAAACAGUGCAUUGAGGUGCUUAAUAGGAUUUUGGUUGUUUCCUGUAUUGAUUAACUAUUUCCUGUAUUAGUAAAAUCCUACAGUUAGUACCAACCAAGUGAAGAAACAAGUUGCAUGAUAACAAAUUGUCUCAAUUCUGUUAGAUUCUUACCCAUUUUUCAUCAGAUAGUUUAGUCCAUUUUAUUACCCGUUUCUGAAAUAAAACCUUUUGAUUCGGUUGUCUUUUUUUUUUUUAAUAAAUUCUAUGAUUUCUUCUGUAACUUUUCUUGAUCUGUAAACAUUGUCAUCUCUCAGUUGAUACCUAGUAUAUUUUUUGCUUUCAUUUCUUCUUUAGUCAGUGGUUAUUUAAUUUAGAAUUUUAUCUUUUUACUCGUUGCUCUUAUUAGAUUUUAGAAUUUACUUUCUUCUCGAACAAACAUGUCUUUCAUGACGAAACCCAAAUCGGUCAGUUGUCACACAGUGUGUUCUUGUUGAGCUUGCGUAUUCAUCUUCUUGUAGAUUUUGUCUAGGCUAACAAUUGAUUUAGUUGUUAAUGCUGACAAAAUUGUUUCUGCUUGUAUGUUAUCACAUUCCUGAGUUUCUAAGUCCUCUGAUAAUGUCUAGUUAAGGAGAAUCAGUUUUCUUUACCUUCAAGGAGCUUCGUCCACUUGCUAUGGCACAUCCUCCUAGCAGUGGGGAUCAAGUGGCCUCUCAGCAGGGCCAGAGGGGCGUGCCCACUGAGAGCAGUGGCCUGGUGUUUUUGCUGCCUUUGAAUCAGAAGUCACCAAGCCCUUAGAGCCCUUGAAUUCUCCCUGUGAUUUAUUUUUACUAGUAUAAGUAGAAAGUAAUUUGUCAGAGCAACAGAAUCUUCUUGCACGGAUGCUUUUUGGCUCCACAAAGAGAAAAGUAUUCAUGUCUGAACUGUGAUCUUGCUAACAUAUCUGAUAAACUUUAUCAUCUCCCCUAACACCUUGACCUGUCGCUGCUUAUCUCUUCAGUAUUCAUUUUCAGUAGACGAUUUAGGUAGCUGAAAACGCGUGACCAAGAAGAAGACCUAAGAAAAACAAUAAGAAAUAACUGUUUUCUGUGGGGCUGGGCUAAGGCUAGCUUAAUUGUGGAUGCUCAGGAGACUGUUACAGUCGCCGUACCUCUGUGCCUCCUCUUCAUAGCCCUUUCCUGCUGGUGCUUUAGCUGGCUCUGCAAUUCCUUCCUGUGGAGUUGGCAAGGAAACGAGUGUAGGCACCGAGGUGGCUGUGAGGUCAGCUGUGCCCCGGGGCCCGGAGGCUGUGUGGACUUCCCUCUAGCCAGGGACUUCUCUCUUCCCUUAACUUCAAGAUUAAGGCUGUGUGUUCUGUUUCAAGCUGUAGCCUCAGGUGACUUUGUAAAACUUCCAUAGUUAGGGAAAGGGUAACUACAAAGAAAUGAGACUGACAUUGAUGUGUGAUUUCUGGGUCAGGAGCUUGACCGUGAUGUAGCACGUGUCCUAGGACUGCAGCAGGACAGUGCAUAGCCUGAAGCUCACAGCUGUGGUGAAUAAGAAUAUGUGCUGUUUUAUAUUGAGAGAAAAGUGAGUGACUUUUAAUUGGAGGAAAGAAUUAAUAUCUGGUAACUGAUUUCUUGCUCUUUGAUGUGGCCUCUCCCUCCCUUUUCAUGCUUCAGUCCCAGCUGUCACCUUUCUCCUCUUUCCCAGCCUUGGAAUCUUCAUGUCUGGCCUCAUGUUACCUCUCUGCACUCCUCGUCCCCGUGCCUCUUGCCUUUCUUCUGCUGGUUGGUGUUAUGUUCCAACUAUGCUCCUUGAAUGUGGGUGCUCCAUCGCUCCCUCGGGUGACAGCUGGUCCGGUGGGGCCCCUAGAAGGAUCGUGAAAAUGGAGUAGACCUUUCUGAGGAUGGUGACUUGUGAUAUGGCUCUGCACUUGUUAGGCAGGAAGGAAUGAAGGUUAACUGCAGAGAUGUGGAAGGAGAUGGACCUCUGUAAUGUGGGACCUUUAAAUCCAGGACAGUCAGUAUUUUCUCAACAACAGCAUAACACCACCUGACUUUUGCUGUGGCUACACAGAAGGAGGAAGAACUCAUUUCCUGUUGCUUUCUCUAUUUUCUUUCCACCUUUACCUCAUCCAAAUGUGCCCUAAGUGAAAUAAUACAUUGGGCUUUAACCUUAGCCUCUGCAGGCCUGAAAAUCCCAGUAAUCACACACACACACACACACGCACACACACACACACGCACGCACGCACGCACACACGCACGCGCGCACCAUCUGGUCCACAGCAGAGGCCUCAGGCGAGGCAUAAUUUGCACUUCUUCUCCAGAUCACAAGCCACUGCAGCUUGCCUGUUCGGUCUUGUGUUCAGUUUGAGAUACUCCCACCGCCCCCGCCCAUCCUCUGCCUCCACCCCUGCCAAAGCAUUCUGACCCUGUCAGAAAACCCCAGACUGCAGGUAAUAGGAUGUUCCCUGGUCCUAGCACACAGCAUAGCGGUCUCAGCAUCCCUUCAGGCUUCUACAGGUGGACCUGUGGACCUGUAAUGACUGCAGUCCCCCAGGAAUGUUACUUUCCCCUGUCGUUUAAUUUGGACCAGGCAGUUUCUGAGGGCUGUUUCCUCAGUAUCUACUAAACUAUUUUAGUUAUCAAGUAACCCCUUAAAUGAAUUUUCUUUUUUGGGUGAUUUUGGUCCCACAAGAGGACCCUGUGGCUGUGGAGAGAGAUUGGUACCCAAGGUCUAAAAAGGUUUAAAGCAUGAAGUAAUCCUGUUGUUGGUCAUUAUAGGAUGGGGUGCCACAAGGGGUGCGUGAGAAGAGUGUAAGUACACAUUUCACGUCUUACAUCUUCCCUCCCAUUUGUUUCUUUACCACCAGGAAAGCCUGGGCUUUCCUACCACAUCUUUGCCAUUUAUUUCUUCAGUUUGAGUUCUCCAGGGAAAAAAUGAAGUCCUUAUUUUCCUGUUUGUUUCAGGGAAAGUUGAGACUGGUAAGAGUCUAAAGGAAUGUUGUGGAGUCUGUAAGGAAACGAGGUAGCUUCUCCUCUCCUCUCCCCUCAGAAGGGAGCCAGAGGGAUUCAUUCAAAGUGGGAGUGUUUAGAGUCGUGUCCCAGUGACCUGUGUGACCGUUGUACCCUGCAAGACUUGGCGUGGUGAAGAGGCAGUGUGUGAAGGGGGAGGAAAGAGUUUUUUUCUCAGAAUUAUUAAAGUAGGUGCCAGGUCUGCAGCGUUAUUAUGAAUAUAAACCUGACUGGAGGCCAGUGGUCCAACUAGCUGUUAACUAGCGAGGUACUUUGCUUCAUCAGAGUAUUCGGUGUUUGUGGCAUGAAUGAAUGAAUGGCCUUGUGAUGCUUAAGAAAGGCAGCAGUUAAGUGGGAAAUGUGUUAAAAGUAUUAAGGGAGGUUUUAUAUGAAUAAAAAUUGUCACUUUCUCCUUUUGAAAUUUAAUUUGUAAUAUAGUAGAAUCUGCAAAACCACAGGAAGGAAUUCAGUUGCAUCUAAAUCUGAGUCUGCAGUUUGGGGAAGGCUGUCAUUCUCAGGAAAAGCAGUAAGGUUCUCCUAAGACCAAAGAGGGCAGAAUAAAUCUAUAAAACUAGAGGUAUACUUGAAUCAUCUGGGCUUUUUUUUUUUUUUUU